UUGACACUUCUUUCGAUUUCUCCAACCAAAGGCCAGGUUGAUCAGCACUUUUUUUUUAUAAAUAAAUUCGACGUGCCAAUUAAUUGAAAGAAGUUAUCUUUAAUUAAAUAAGCAAGAAAUUGCAUGAAUUAAAAUGACUCUCUAUCAUUUCGGUAAUUGUGUUGCACUGGUCUAUGUGCCAUAUUAUAUGACCUAUAAAUAUUCCGGCCUGUCAGAAUAUGGGGCAUUUUGGAAAUGUAUACAAGCUGGUGGUAUUUAUGUUUUCACACAAUUAUGUAAAAUGCUGGUACUGGCCACAUUUUUCGAUUCGGAUUCACUAGGAGGUGGAACCGGCGAUUUUAAUUUCUUGGCGGAAUUCUUGCGCUGUAGUGUGGAUAUAGCAGAUCUUUUGGGCUUUGCUGUGAUUCUUUCACGUAUACCCGGCAAGGGACAUAGUAAAUUGAUUACUGCUGGCCUGGGAUGGGCUGCUGCAGAGGUGGUUUUGUCACGCGGUAUUAUGUUGUGGGUCGGUGCGAGAGGUACAGAAUUCAGCUGGAUUUAUAUACAAAAAUGUCUGGAAUCGAAUGUUUUACUGAUUCAACAUAUUACCACUGCCACAUUGGUAUGGAUGUUCACCCGCCAUGAUCUGAACAAGGCCCUUAAACCUUUGGUCACCAUCCUGUUGGUGGUGACAAUUUUCAAGGGUGUCUGGUUGGAGGGCCUAUUAAGUGUUCUCAGUUUUGGUCCCUGGUCUACGAUAGCAUUGAAGGCAUUUGUUGCCUCACUAAUUGGUUUUGUGUCCCUACAUGUGUACACAGGUCUGGCUCAACAAAUUGGCAUUUGAAAAUAUUGAAAUUUUUUCGAUAUAUAUAGGUAUAUAACUAAAAUGAUAAGUGUAUGUGUGUUUUAGUAAUAUACAACUUGUUUAAAAAAUCUAUUUUGAAAAUGUAACAUAACUUGUUAGCAAAUAGUAAAAAUGAAUGGAAGACAAAAAAACUUUAUAGAAAGAAUGAAAUAAAAGAAAAUUAUUGAUAUUUUAAUUAUCCAUUUAAUGUAAAAA